CUCAGGUCUCCCCCAGUGCCUCGGCGCUGUGGUAUACUGACAGUUACUACUACCUACACCGCGUUUAAUCCCCCACCCCCACCCACAUGCCCUUCCGCCGCUCCUCGCGCUCGUCGUCCUCCCCGUCCCCCUCCCCGACGACGACGGCCAAGUCCUCGCCCGUCAGCUCGCUCGGUCUCUGGCUCGACGACGACACGAUCAACAAGCAGGUGACCAGCGUCCGCGUCCAUCCCUGUGACCGCGGCUACGAGACCAGCUCCAACGAGUACGACUACGAUGGCGACUACGAGCUCGCACGCGACCAUGGCUUGUUUGAGAUUGACAUUGUCGUGCUCCCGCUGCAGCACCACAACAAGCAGCAGCCAACAAGCCGUCGGCAGAAGAAUACCAGGCGCAACAACAGCACAAAGCGCCGCCACCACCACCACGAGGCGGUAACCCAUGCGCACGCCCACGCCCUCGACAUGGCGCAUGGGCAUCCCCACGCGCCGCCGCAUCACCACCCCCGCCCGAGCUCACCGGCCGAGAGCCUGAAAAAGUGGUACUCGUCGCUCCGGGCGCGUCCAGCGACGUGGCUCAAGUUCGGCCAAGCACCACCCCGAACGACUACGACGACGGCGGCGACGGCGGCUGCUACCCUCCGCACCUGCGCUGGUCGUCCCGGCACGCCCUGUGCGCCGCGCCACGUCACACUCCAUUAACCCAACGCACGGCGCCGACCUCCUCCCCAGCACGACCAUGGCCGCGCGGCACCCACUCUCAUUCUAUGUCUCUCCUAGUCCUCGUCUCCCCUCUCUACGCGUCGCUUCGCCGCGAAGGCUGCGCCGCGCUCCGUCCAUAAGCGCACUACUCCAAGCGCACUCCACCAAGUAAAGGCACGCUGCGUGCCUCCUAAGUCUUUUCUAGUAGACUGUUCCUAUACUCGCCAGUCCAGCAAGAAGUCCGCCAAGUUGCUCUCCGUCCCCGUCUCGUCCUCGUCCCUCCCACCACCAACUGUAGUUCACCCCCCUGUAUACCGUUCCACAAGCCUGGCCAGCAUCCGCGUUGUCUCCCCCUCCUCUCUGUCGCCAAACAGCAACACGCGACGACUCCUCUCGACAACACCCAACAACGCGCGACGCGACACCCACUUGACAGGCGUUGAACGAAACGCAAAUGCCCAACCGAUAACACGCCAACCCAGCCCAGCGGCCACCCAGCGGUAAACACCCCUCCCUGUCCGUAUCAUCCGACGACGACGCGUGUGACUGUAUUCGAU